AAUUGUUUCAUAUCCCGUAUUUCUAUAGGAAAGGUUCUGGACCGUAAAACGAGUUUUUACUUGAUUGAGCAUCUCACAAUAAGUAAUUUCUAAAGCGUUUCAAAUAUGUGAACUCCCACCGUGUUUAUAACUGUAACAAUUGACGUCUGUUAUUAGCAAAUAUCAUAAUGUUUCAGGGGCGUACCUCUGAAGCACAAGGGCGAAUGCAGACCAUAUAGAAGCUACAGAGGAAAACGUCAAUGUACUGCCGACGAUGACGUUACCAUGAUCUGUCCAGUGCAAUGUCAAGGUGACGAUGCUUGCCACGGCAGCCAGAAGUGCUGUCAAUACGGAUGUAUGAUUACGUGCCUCGAUCCAGUUUCCUACGACGGACCCACGACGCGUUUUCUAGGUCCCUGCAUCGUCAGGCUUGCCGAAUGGGAAGCCGCAAACAGAUUUGAGCGACCUCUUUAUGCCGCGAAUGGUGAUUUCAUGGGGACGCAGUACCAAGGCUCCCAAGCUAUCUGUGUUACUCCUGACGGCACUGAGAUUUCUUGUUUCGCGGUCAACAGGUGGGAGGCCGUCGACAUGGACUACCAGUGCGCAGGUGACCAGUAUGCCUUCAAGCAAACGAUAAACGUUGGUCAGCGAUUCUAUUGUGACCGCUUCUGAAACUACAAGCCCAUCGGAUGCAGGGGUGCGAUGUGCUAUUGUCAGGAUCGCAGAGGAAACCAGAUUGGAGACAGCGUCAAUAUCGUAGAUACGGACAGUCUUUACUGCUAGAGAGUCCGGAGUUCUCAGUAUGGUGUGGUGGAAUCUCCUGUCGAUUGGAUUUUAGUUCGUGUAAGCUGAAGCAUACAUAUUUUGUUUUAUAUUAAUGUAAAAAAUCGAAAGGCACGAUGUGAUUUCUCCUUUUUUUCGAUCAUUUCCUCUCUUACAAUGCCAGAAUCCUUUUUUAUCACAUGCCACACCCUGUUUCCCAUGUAAUAUAACCAUUACAUAUAU